AUGGUUUCUCGUCUUAAUCUGAAACAAUCUAAUUCAGCAUAUCCUCAUGCAUUUGUUUUCUUUAAAUACCGCAAAAAGAAAGCUCUGUUUCAAUGUGCUAAUUUCCUUCUUCUAUUGCCUCUAAUACUGCAGGUUGUUCCUUUCUCUUGGAUCUCUCGAUUCUCAGCUUUUGUCCAGUCCUCUCCGCCUUUCUCCCCUCCCGUCACGGCAGAUGAAUUGGCAGCCUUGUAUUCCAAACUCUCUUUGAAAAAUAAUCUAACCCUCACUGAAAAACAGAUCCCUCCUGAUAAACUAGUUGCCUCGUCAGAUGCUAUCGAAUUGGCGGUUCAGGGUGUUACUUAUUUGGUCGCCAAAGUCCUUGGUAGCCAAGAUUACAGCUGUGAUGCUCUUCUCACCAACAUGAUUAAUGCAUGGCACUGCAAGGAAACUGGUGAGACUGAGUCAAUCGGUAAGAAUCAAUUUCUUCUUUCAUUCAAUCUACUUUCUGACAAAAUGAGAGUCUUGGAAGGUGCCCCUUGGACCUUGUAUGAAAAUUUGCUGGUAAUUGUGGACUACAAAGGGGAUAUUUCUUUCAACAAACUCUGUUUCACCAAUUCGCUGCUCUGGGUACACGUUUUGAAUGUGCCGGCAGACCUCAUGACUCGUUCAACGGCUGAAUUCGUUACAAAUAAGAUUGGCUCCUUCAUGGAUAUUCAAACAAACGCACAAGGGAAUUGCUGGGGUAUCUCUAUACGAGUUAAGGUUCUGAUUGACAUCACCAAGCCGAUUCCCAGGAUGCUAGAAGUUGAGUUCAACGAUGAGCCCCUCACGAUGUUGUUGAAAGGAAUAGCAUUGAACGCAGAAGACACGUGGGGAGCAUGGUUGAUGUAUGAAAGCAACAGGAAGCAAUCGCCGGCGUCCGACCGACUCAGAUCAGCCACCGAAGCAAAAUUCCGACUGGAAUCUCCCAACCAACACCCUAACUCCACCACAAUCGGGAUCCAUUCCCAAACAGAACCCCCCCAGAUCCGCCGAGAUCCUACAAAGCAAUCCAACCUGACUAUCCAAAUCCCAACCACUUCAAAUCCUAUCUAG